AUGGAUCCCAACUCCCUAAACUCUCAUCCGUCCACCGCCGCCCAGGCCAAGACGUUCGUGGCUCCGGGCUCCCUCUCGUUUCCCAACCAAGGGGACCUGACUCCACCGUCCUCUGAGAAGAACGCGCAGCAGGAGGCCACCAACGCGAACGGCGUUGCGACUCCUGCGGCUACUCCAGACACCCAGAAUGGCCAAGUGCCCUCGGGUAUCGUGCCUACUCUUCAGAACAUUGUGGCAACCGUCAACCUCUCCGCUCGCCUUGACCUGAAGACCAUCGCUCUGCAUGCGCGUAACGCCGAGUACAACCCGAAGCGUUUCGCUGCCGUCAUCAUGCGUAUCCGUGAGCCCAAGACGACGGCUCUGGUCUUUGCGAGUGGCAAGAUGGUUGUUACUGGUGCCAAGUCUGAGGACGAUAGCCGCCUCGCUUCCCGCAAAUAUGCGCGGAUUAUCCAGAAGCUGGGGUUCAACGCAAAGUUCACCGACUUCAAGAUCCAGAACAUUGUUGGCUCCUGCGACAUCAAGUUCCCCAUUCGCUUGGAGGGUCUUGCAUCGCGCCAUCACACUUUCUCGUCUUACGAGCCUGAACUGUUCCCUGGUCUCAUCUACCGCAUGAUGAAGCCCAAGAUUGUCCUGCUCAUCUUCGUCAGCGGCAAGAUUGUCCUUACUGGUGCCAAGGUCCGUGAAGAGAUCUACCAGGCUUUCGAGCUCAUCUACCCCGUCUUGUCGGAUUUCCGCAAGUCAUAGACGUCUUCCAUACGUCGAGCUGCGAGUGGCUUCCAGCUCACCUUACACACAUUCCCAAUUUUUGCGGCAUUGCAUGGCGUCACGGUGGUUUUUCUUUUUGAUGGCUUUUCAAAAUUCCCCAAUCUUCUUCUACACAACAACUAGACAUGCGCACGAGGGGAGCAAACACCUCCGGUAAUCUCUUGUCUUGAUGGG